UCCCACUCAGCAUUUGAUUUUCAAAAUAAAACAAGACCGUUUUACUCAUCUAUCUACUCUCUCUCUACACACUGAUUCAAGCUCCCACCGCCGGACCGAUCUACAUUUCCGUUUUUUGAUGUUUUCCAACGGACCAAUCACUUAGGAAUCACCGACCAGCUAUUAUCGUCUCAGAUCGCAUGUAUCGAGGCUUCGUUUCAUCUGGGCAAUUGAUUAUAUUUGAUUUUUUUGGGAUACUGAUAUGAACUCGAAAGCGCACGCGGAAAAACCUUGAUGUCAAGAGAGUUCAGGUUAUGCAGGUUUGUCUCUCCAUCCAACAACUAUGGGAAGUGACAAGUCAAAUGUUACUCCAUCUGAAGGCGUCAACAGUGGCCCUUCAAGAGUGCGGCCACUGCAUGGGAGGACUAGUGGUCCUGCAAGGCGUUCGACUAAGGGACAAUGGACAUCAGAGGAGGAUGAAGUUCUCAAGAAUGCUGUUCAGCGAUUUAAGGGGAAAAAUUGGAAAAAGAUAGCUGAGUGUUUCAAGGAUCGGACCGAUGUUCAAUGUCUGCAUAGAUGGCAAAAAGUCCUGAACCCAGAGCUAGUUAAAGGUCCUUGGUCCAAAGAGGAAGAUGAGAUUAUUGUCGCGAUGGUGGACCUUCACGGACCAAAAAAAUGGUCCACAAUUGCACAAAGUUUACCUGGGCGUAUUGGGAAGCAAUGCCGAGAAAGGUGGCAUAAUCAUCUCAAUCCAAGUAUUAACAAGGAGGCAUGGACUCAAGAAGAAGAAUUGAGCCUAAUUCAAGCACACCAAAUUUAUGGGAAUAAGUGGGCUGAGCUGACAAAGCAUUUACCAGGAAGGACGGACAACGCAAUUAAAAAUCAUUGGAAUAGUUCUGUUAAAAAGAAGCUGGACACAUAUAUGGCCUCAGGCUUACUUGCACAAUUUCAAGGCUUGCCUCAUGUCACUAACCCCAACCGCCCAAUACCUUCAUCUUCUUCAACUAUGCAACAAAGCAGUGGAGAUGAUACUGUUCAUAGAGAUGUAAUAGAAGGAGAUGAAAUCUCAGAAUGUAGUCAAGGAUCUACUAUUGUUGGUUCUUCUCAUCCUGAAAGUGCUAUGUCCAAUGCGCUGUUGCUUAAAAGGGAUGAAUACCAAUUGAAAGAAGAGAUGGUCCAUUCCAAUGACCCAAACCAAAGCACAGCAUCAUUUUCUGAGCAAUACCAACCAUCACUUCAUGAAGUUGCUCUUAUCAUGGAAGCAGUAGAUUGGGAAACUUGCGAAAAUAAAGACUGGCAGAUUGAUUUAGAUGAGUUGCCAAAUAUAUCUUCAUUGAACUUAGGGCAAGCUUCAUCAUCUGCAUUAUUGAUGCAUCCAACAGCUGAAAAUAGGACCAAUGACUUGCCUUUUCCAUUAGAAACUUGUGUUGGUACAGAUACAAUGCCUUCUGUGGGACAUGAAAAUUCUGAGCACUUGUUGAGAUGUGAAGAUGGCGGCUGCCUCUCGGUAUCUUUCCCUGAGACGAAGAUGCAAACAAACAUUUCCUCCAUAGAUACCCAUCCUAAUGCAUCUUCAGAUGUAAUGCUAUAUCAGCAACUUAACUGUCAGAACCCUCAAAUUGUAGGAUCUAUGCCUUCUGCAUCUUCUUGUCCAUCUAGCUCUGAAUCUUUCGGUGUGCCUUUGUUAGUUCCUUGUUUUGAUGAUGCCCCUUUCUUUGAUGGAGGACUUCAGCAGUUUGAUGGCCUUUCACAUGGAAAUCAUGGGGAAGAAAUCAUGUCAUGUCCAACUGGUAGUUUAGUCUACACCAAUGAUUCCAUCAAUUCUCCUGCUAAUGGUGCAGGCAAUUCAUCUGUUCAAGAUUUUUCAUAUCAUCAGAACGGCUCAUUCAGACUAGUUCCUGACAGUGAUUAUACUUUAACACCCGCUGAUGCAUCUUCUUUGUCAGAAUACCCAACCAUGAAAAUGGAGCAACAAGGUGCAGGAGGCAAUUACAUGAAGAGCCUCCAGCCAGAUAAAGGAGGUUUAUUUUAUGAACCUCCUCGUUUUCCAAGUUUGGACAUUCCUUUUGUGAGUUGCGAUCUUAUACAGACUGGUAUUGAUUCACUGCAAGAGUAUAGCCCACUUGGCAUCAGACAACUGAUGAUGUCAUCCAUGAACUGCCUUACACCAUUUAGAUUGUGGGAUUCACCAUCCAGAGAUGAUAGUCCAGAUGCUGUUCUUAAAAGUGCAGCCAAAACUUUCUCUUGCACACCAUCUAUACUGAAAAAACGAACGCGUGAUUUGAUAUCACCUAUAUCAGAAAAUAGAUGCGAGAAAAAACUCGAAAGUUUCCUGAAUCAUGAGUCACUUUCAAGCAUAGCCAGAGACCUCUCUCGUUUAGAUGUUAUUAUUGACUCAUCAGGGAAUUAUAGGCCGUUGGUUUUGUCUCCAUCAAUAAACAAGAGAGGACAGUCGAAGGAUACUACUGAAAACAAAGAAAAUCUCCAUCAUGCUCCUCAAAUGGGUAAAGAAGAGAUUGAAGCUACUGGUGUGACUGCAGAGAAGAAGAUGCAACUGCCAGCUGGUGUCCUGACUGAGCAGCAUACAAACAAUAAAGCUUCCAAAGAAGGUGAACCAAUUACUGACGCAGAGGAUACUCCACACAUCAUUGCUUCUUUGAACGAAUUACAUGAUGCUCCCAAAAGCUCCCUAAGGAUUACAGCAAACGAAGAUAAGAACAUAUUUAGUGAAACACCUUUCAAAUUAAGUAUUGAUUCUCCAUCUGCUUGGAAAUCUCCUUGGUUCAUUAACACUUUUGUGCCAGGCCCAAGAGUUGACACAGAUAUUACAAUUGAGGAUAUAGGAUAUUUUGUGAGCCCUGGGGAGAGGAGUUAUGAUGCCAUUGGACUAAUGAAACAACUGAGUGAGCAUACUGCAUCCGCAUUUGCUGAUGCCCAAGAAGUCCUUGGAGAUGAGACUCCUGAAUCAAUUUUGAAGGAGAGGAUGUCUAUUGACUCAGAUCGUGAGAAUAAUUGCAUGUUGGAAAGACGUGUACUGGAUUUUAGUGAAUGUGGGACGCCUGGAAAGCGAAAAGAAAGCCAACGACGUGUACUACAUCCAUCUUCUGCUGCUUCUACAAGCUUCUCUUGUAGUCCAACUUCUUACCUCCUCAAGUCUUACAGGUAGCUCUUUUUGGUUCUUAAAAGGAACGGUUCACUCUCCUACUGCCUGCCUGUCUGUCUGAAUCCAUCCCCUUGUAAAAUUUCAAAUACCAAAAGGGGAUGAUGAUCUGUUUUAUCCUAAAUUUAUCCUAUAAUACUUACUUGCCUACCCUACAAAGAAAAGACCUAGCUGCCGUAUGAAUCAUGAUGAUUCAUUAUUAUUGUGUGUAUAUUUUGCCGACAUCUGAUAUAUAUUAUAUGUAUUGUAUAAGAAGAGUUGAAUGUAGACUAUCUUUGGUUUGGGACAUGUAUAUUUAUUUUGUUUUGUACAAGGAAACUUGAAUUGUAAACCUUGUGAGAAAGAUACUAAAAGAUGUAUGGUUUUUAGCUGAAGUUCA